AUUGACCAUUUUGCCACCAUAAAAUUUUACCCUCCAUCAGUUGGCCACUUCACAUUCUUCAGUCCUCUCUCUUUCUCCCUUCCGUCUUCUUCCCAUCUCAUCAAUGGCGGACCACGAUCUCACCUCAUCUCUGCUCCCCGCCGAGUCCUCUGACCGUGUGGACGUAAUCCUCAGAAUUGAAGACGAUGACGGUGGUCCACCGGUGCAGAUCAACAACCAGAACGGCAAUCAUCACGAUCCUCGAUUGUGCUUUAGCAAUCCGUAUGGGUUUCUUGGCUCCGAUGGAUUCUCCGUUCCCGAGAUGACCACUGUGGAUCCAUUUCGGAAUAAUACGCCGAGUAUCGAUGGGGUGUAUGAGUGGGUUAAGAUUGUGGUUUGCAUACCUAUUGCGCUUGCUCGGCUUGUGCUCUUCGGGAUUUGUCUUUUGGUUGGAUAUUUAGCGACCAAGACGGCGCUUCAUGGGUGGAAGGAUAAGGAGAAUCCGAUGCCUAAGUGGAGGUGUAGACUCAUGGGGGUUACGAGGCUUUGCGGACGGUGUAUUCUGUUUUCUUUUGGAUAUCAUUGGAUAACAAGAAAAGGGAAGCCUGCUCCCAGGGAAAUUGCUCCAAUUGUUGUGUCGAAUCAUGUAUCAUACAUAGAACCGAUCUUUUAUUUUUAUGAGUUAUUUCCAACUAUGGUCGCAGCUGAGUCCCAUGAUUCCAUACCCUUUGUUGGGACCAUCAUCAGAGCCAUGCAGGUGAUUUAUGUUGAUAGAUUUUCGCCUGCAUCAAAGAAGCAUGCCAUUAGUGAAAUAAAGAGGAAGGCUUCUUGUAAUAAAUUUCCAAGAGUUCUGUUAUUUCCCGAGGGAACCACUACGAAUGGAAGGGCUCUCAUUUCUUUUCAACUUGGUGCUUUCCUUCCUGGUUAUUCAAUUCAACCUGUUGUUGUUCGUUAUCCUCAUGUACACUUUGACCAAUCAUGGGGACUUGUUUCUUUGCCAAAGCUCAUGAUUAGAAUGUUCAUGCAAUUUCACAAUUACAUGGAGGUUGAGUAUCUUCCUAUUAUUUCACCACGGUAUAACGGAAAAGAAAGCACUCUUGAAUUUGCUAAGAGGACUAGCCGUGCAAUGGCCACUGCACUAAAUGUUGUCCAAACGCCUCAUUCAUAUGGAGAUUUGACUCUUCUGACCAAGGCUGCUGAGGCAAAUCAAGAGACACCCUCUGAUUAUAUGAUUGGAAUGUCCAAGAUGGAACAAGUCAGCAGCCUUGAAGUUGUUGAUUUUCUCGACAAGUUUCUGUCGAUGAAUCCCGACUCCAGUGGCCGUGCUACAUAUAAUGGAUUUAUAAGAGCUCUAAGACUCGAGGCUUGUGCGGUUGCUGAAGAGAUAUUUUCUUUUAUUGAUAUAGAGAAGAUGGGAACGAUAACAUUCAAGCAGUACCUGUUCGGUUCUUUGCAUGUUAUGAAGCUGCAAGGUUUUCAGCGAUCCUGUGAGCUGAUCCUUACUGAAUGUAGCAACGGAGAUAAAAUUUCAGAACAAAAAUUAGCAGAAUUGAUAAGGCCAGCUAUAUCAGAUCUGAAUACCGACAAGGCUCAUGAGCUCUUUAAACUAUUUGACACCGAUGGCGACGGAAAGAUCAGCAAGAAUGAUUUAUGUGGCUGCUUAAGAAGGAACCCGCUACUGAUCGCACUUUUUUCACGGUGUUUGCUACCGAGCUUGUAAUUGGAAAUAACAUAAUAUGUCUAACGUUGUUGUUUGAUGAAUGAGUUUCCCAUGUCUUGUUUGGUCAUUGUAUUGCUACCACCUCCAUGAAUGUGUUGAUUAUUAGGAGGAACCCAAAUAUAGGAGAGGGUUGGGCUGUUCCUUAAAUAUAAUAGGGUAUUGGGGCGGGCAACAUAUUUUGCUACAUUGCCCUUCCCCACUAUGAAAAAUUAUCUACGCACACCUGAAACUUCUACAUGUAUUUUGAUAACGAGUUCUUGCAAUGUCACAAAACUUACAGCCUUGUGGUUUAACUUAA